AUGGCUCAGGCGCAAGGCUGGGGAAAAAAGUACUUCAAGACCUUAUGUAAAGGGUUCUUUGUGGCUGGUCCCGUGGCAGUGACUUUCCUGGAUAGGGUCACCUGCAUGGCAAGAGUGGAAGGAGCCUCCAUACAGACUUUGCUGAAUCUUGGAGGAAGCCAUUCAUCUGAUGUGGUACUUUUAAAUCACUGGAAAGUGAGGAAUUUUGAAGUACAACAUGGGGACAUUGUAUCAGUGGUCCACCACCAUGCUCCAGGCCAUGUUCCAGACACUCGCCCUGAACUUCACGCAUGA